AUGAAAAAGUUUAUUACUUCUGCUGCAGCUGCUGCUUCUUCCCCUGGCUUCUCCAGCAACAGCAGGACUUCACAAGACAGUAGUUCUGAUGCAGCUGCACCUGUAGCCCAACUUGGCUCAAGAAGCAAAAAGACCCCCAGAACCAGUGUGACCCCCAUUAAGGAGUCCAAGGGUCAACUUGGGCAUGCAGAGAUGGCUGAAGGUGAAAAAGGUCAGGUGGUGACUCAGGUCCAGGAAAAAAGAAUGUCGUCUUCAUUUCAAGCUGUACCAAUAGCAGUACCAUCCACAAGCAGUGCAAGUGAGGAGGACCCAGUAAUCAUCAUCACCCAUGAGCAACCAGAAGCAGAGACACCUAAAGAUGGAAAAGGUCAUGUUGAUAAAAAAAGAAGACUGUCUUCAUUCCAAGCAGCUUGGAAGAUGUCAUUUGAUUGGCUAAGUGAGAGCAAGGUUGGGCAAGGGUAUGCAUUCUGCAAAGUGUGUCACUGCAACAUUAGUAUUGGCCAUGGAGGACGCCAUGAUCUGCACAGGCACAUGGAGACAGAGAAGCACAAGAUAAAUGCAAAGCAGGCAUCUGGAAGGAAAGUGACAGAUAUGUUUGCCACCCAAGCCUGA